UUGUAUUUUCCGUAGGCUGAGACUCUUUUUAACUAGAGGCCCUCAUCAUGGGCGGAAAGAAAAAAGCGGAGAAGAAGAAAAAGGGGUUAGGCGCGGAGAAAACUGCUCAAAAAACAGAGAAGAAGCUGUCUGCAAAGAUGCGGAAAGAAUUGGCAUUGCAAGGAGAAGAAGAUAUCGAAACUCUUGUUGCCCGAUUCAGUGCAGAAGAUGCUAAGAAAUCAUGCAAGACAAUUACAGAAAUCCCCUUGACAGACAGGCCAUCAAAACGAAGCAACUUCUCUCUCGUGGCGCACCCAAAUAAGGAUCAAUUGCUCAUGUUCGGCGGAGAAUGUACUGUGAACAAGUCUACCACAGUGUAUUCCGAUUUUCUUUGCUUUGACAUUAAAAAGCAGAAGUGGACGCAAUGGGAAUGUUCUGGAGGACCUCCCCCGCGAGCAGCUCAUCAGGCUGUUACAAUCGCCGGAGAUGGAGGACAAAUGUGGAUGUUUGGUGGCGAAUUCGUCACUCCAUCCGAAAGCCAAUUUUACCAUUACAGAGAUUUGUGGGUUUUCCAUUUCAAAGAUCGACGAUGGGAAAAAAUUGAAGUCAAAGGAGGACCUAGUGGGCGAAGUGGCCACAGAAUGGUGGUACUUUACACACCGAACCUACCCCCACGAGUUGCGAUUUUCGGAGGUUUUCACGACUCGCUUCGUGGAGAUUGUCGAUACUACAACGACUUCUACAUUUUCGAUCUGAGUGAGAGACUUUGGCGUAAACUCGAAAUAACUGGCACUCCUCCUGCGCCUCGUUCUGGACACUUGAUGGCUGCUCUCAACGACGGUAGGAUUUACAUUCAUGGCGGCUUUUCCAAAGUCAAGGCUCCGUCGAAGAAAAAGGGAUUCGACGAUGAAACUGGAGUUGUUCAUGCGGACUCGUUCUUUCUAACCCCGGACAAACGCGAUACGACGGGGACCAAAUUCAAAUACUACAACGACUUCUACAUUUUCGAUCUGAGUGAGAGACUUUGGCGUAAACUCGAAAUAACUGGCACUCCUCCUGCGCCUCGUUCUGGACACUUGAUGGCUGCUCUCAACGACGGUAGGAUUUACAUUCAUGGCGGCUUUUCCAAAGUCAAGGCUCCGUCGAAGAAAAAGGGAUUCGACGAUGAAACUGGAGUUGUUCAUGCGGACUCGUUCUUUCUAACCCCGGACAAACGCGAUACGACGGGGACCAAAUUCAAGUGGAUUCAAGCCAAAACUACUGGAUCUGUGCCUUCGAAACGUUGCAGUUCUACCCUCGUGGCUUGGACCGAGUCCGGCAAAAAUUCGGCUCUCGUUUUUGGAGGAGUUCAUGACGAUGAGGAACAAGAGGUUCUCAGUGAUUCAUCUGACGAAGAGGAAGAAGUUUCCACGUCGACGUUCUUCAACGACUUGUACCUUGUUGACUUGACGAAGCCUUCUUGGUCCCUAGUGGAGUUAAGUGGCCCGAGGGCAUUGAAGGAACACAAGCGUCGUCGAAAAGUUAAAGCAGCCGAAGGUGAAGCAGAAGAUGAAACGACGAGUGAAGAAGAAGAAGAUGAUGAUGAGGAUGGGGUUGAGGAUGGUACAGCUAAUGGUGGUGGCGGUGACCCUGCGCCAGUCGAAGAAGAGACAAAGACUGUUGAAGAUGGCAUUUUCACGAUCACAGUUGGUCCAAGCUUGAAGUCGGAUCCCAUGAAACCCCGUUCCGAUGGACCACAGGGUGCUGCAGCUGCAAUCCCGAUGGAAAUACUUUUAUUUCGUUUGAAAAUGGCUGGUGACGAGGAAAUGGAUCACGAAGAAGCAGACACGCUCGCGCGUUUGAAACAGCGUAAGGCAAAACCCGGUGUUCACUAUGGGUCUAUCGAAGAAGCGGAACGCUUGCGAAUUUUGGCAAAAGCUGUCAAAAAGGCCGAAGCUGGGGAUAGCGAUGAAGACGAUGAAAAUGUACCUUCGACAGUGAACGUGGACGGCGAUGAAAUGGCCACCCCUUUUACCAAGGAUGAAUACAUGCAAUUGGAGAGCGCUGAGAACGAUGAGCGGAAAUCGCUUUUGGAAGAAUUUGAGCGCCGGAAACUCGCGCGUCAAAUCCACGUGUCGACGGUGGAUUCAGAAGUUCGAUUGCAACUGCGAGCCGUGGGAGAACCCAUGACUUUAUUCGGAGAAGGUCCAGCUGAUCGGAGGAAUCGCCUCAGGGACUAUUUAUCUCGUUCUGGUGGUUUGGAGGCCCUGAAGAAACUCAAGGGCAUGCUUGCACCUUUGGACUCGGCUGCUGAACGUCAGCGGGAAGAUGCUUUGGAUCAUAAAGUUACUUGGUAUCACGAGGGGCCAGUCGCUUUGAAAGAUGCCAGAGUUUUUCUUGCUCAUUAUUCAUUGCCCAGGGCUCGCGACCGAUUGGCAGCUGCGAAAGAGUAUCAAGGAUUACCCGAGACAGUGAAGCAAUCGAGGAAGCAAGAGAUUCAGAAGAAGCUGAGGAAUUAUGCCAUUCAAGCGUCUCAAAUCGGAGAUACGAGACCCGUUUCGUUUUGCUCUAUUAGUCCAGAUUCCAGCAUGCUCGCCACUUCAUCGUGUGCGACUGAUGGCUCUGUCAAGCUGUGGUCUCUGGACAGCGAUGAGCCUUUGGCGGAGGUUGAAGGACAUCCGAAGCGAGUUUCCCGUGUCGCUUUCCACCCGUCGGGAAGAUUUUUAGCCACUUGCGUUGCUGACAAUUCUUGGCGAUUGUGGGAUCUGGAAACCAUGACUGAAAUCUUGCAUCAAGAAGGCCAUUCAGAUGCAGUAUAUGACAUUUGUUUCCAGUGCGACGGCGCGAUCGCCGUUACUGCAGGAUUGGAUUCAUUUGCUCGUGCUUGGGAUCUUCGCACUGGUCAGUGCGUCAUGCUGCUGAGUGGUCAUAUAAAAGCAGUUUUGGGGGUUGAUAUGAAUCCUAAUGGGUAUCACAUUGCGACCGGAAGUCAGGACAACAGCAUCAAGAUGUGGGACUUGCGAAGAAGGCAGGAAAUCUAUGCGAUUCCAGCGCACACGAACCUAGUUGCGACUGAUGGCUCUGUCAAGCUGUGGUCUCUGGACAGCGAUGAGCCUUUGGCGGAGGUUGAAGGACAUCCGAAGCGAGUUUCCCGUGUCGCUUUCCACCCGUCGGGAAGAUUUUUAGCCACUUGCGUUGCUGACAAUUCUUGGCGAUUGUGGGAUCUGGAAACCAUGACUGAAAUCUUGCAUCAAGAAGGCCAUUCAGAUGCAGUAUAUGACAUUUGUUUCCAGUGCGAUGGCGCGAUCGCCGUUACUGCAGGAUUGGAUUCAUUUGCUCGUGCUUGGGAUCUUCGCACUGGUCAGUGCGUCAUGCUGCUGAGUGGUCAUAUAAAAGCAGUUUUGGGGGUUGAUAUGAACCCCAAUGGGUAUCACAUUGCGACCGGAAGUCAGGACAACAGCAUCAAGAUGUGGGACUUGCGAAGAAGGCAGGAAAUCUAUGCGAUUCCAGCGCACACGAACCUAGUGUCGAAAUUCAUUAAAUGGAGUCAGGAUGACGCCGGGGUCAGAAGGAUCACUUUGGCGAAUGUCAAGACUCGUAAUGCACUCUCUCAGGCUGCCAUGAAAGAAAUCACGUCGGGUUUGAAAGGAAAUUCGGAGGCGAAUCGAAAGCUACGAUGCGUUGUCCUCGACUCCGAAGGCCCCGUUUUCUCCGCUGGACAUAAUCUCAAAGAACUGAGAACUGCCGAUGGCAUCCAUCAUCAUCGAGCCGUUUUCGACACGUGCAGUACCAUGAUCGCGACCAUUCGGAGUCUGAGUGUGCCGGUGGUUGCCCAAGUUCGGGGUGUAGCAGCUGCUGCGGGCUGCCAACUUGUGGCCUCCUGCGACAUCGUUGUUGCUGGUGAAGCUAAGACGUCAGAAAUUGUUGCCGACAUUGUGCACAAGAGCAAGCCUGUGAUCGAGAUUGGGAAAGCGUUUCUGAACAAGCAAGUCGAGUGUGCUUCUGUAGAGGAAGCGUACAGAGAUGGGUCAGCUGUCAUGGUUGAGAAUCUUCGGUUGAAAGAUGCUCAGGAAGGCAUUUCAAGUUUUGCCGAGAAACGCAAAGCGUCUUGGAGCCACGAGGACUCGAAAGUUCACUGAACCUUCCGGGCUUUUCUUCGUGGGGAAUUUUUAUUUUCGGAAAUUUUGAUUUUAAUCAAGCUGUGUUGAUGCGUGUCAAACAGUUUUUAUUUCUGGUCAACGUUGUGAGAUUUUUCAGAUCACGUGUGAUUUUUUUCUUUACUGGUCUACGACUGUCUUCCGGGCACGAGUUGAGCAUCGACGGCCAUCGCGUAAAACUCUGAAUUCUCGUUUGCUAGGAGUUCUUGCGGUGGAGCGAAUUCCAGUAUGCGUCCUUUGGAUAGAACCAGAACCCUUUUUGGAAUAGAGUAACGGAAUUGUGAAACUAAGUUUUGAUGAUGCGAAUGAAAGGUGUAUGAUUUCCAACUUA